AUGUCAACUGCCCCGGGGAUGGCUACUACCAAUGAGAACUCUACCCAAGGGCUGACGACCAACAACAGCGAGGUCUCAGGGCUGGACUCGGAGAUUCAACUUGUUUCGUCACUAGCAAAACUACAAGAACUUGAACGCAAGAUCCAUGAACUGCGUGAAUUCAUGCCCCAUGGCCUAUUGGAGCCUCUAGUGCCUAUUGCAAACCCAGACAGAGUGACACCUGGCAAUCCAAUCGCUGAAACUCCUCAGAUCCUCCGUGCUAGCCUAGAUGAGGCCGCACGCGCACGCGUCGCUGAUGUCCAGCAAUUUCAGUCCUUGUGGCGGGAUCCGGAAUUGGCAUCCGCCUGGGCGCAUGUUGAAUCGCGCAUCAAGGAAGCUAACGGUCAGCUUAUCCAGCCGACGGGGAAGUGGGAAAGAGAUUAUGACGUUCUUCUAGAAGAGCUAGCACGAAAAGAAAAGUCCAAGGUAGAUGAGCGUCUGCGAGAGGAGGAGGAGGCUGAACGUACUAAAGCGCAAUCUACCGAGGGUGAAUGGCAAAAUGUUUUGGAACGAUUCGUUCAGCGGAAUAUACCCGGUGUACGGGUUGUCAAGGCCCAGGAUGAGACUUCUCUGGCAGUAGCUCUUGUUAGAGCUGGUGUUGUCUUCCAGGUCAGGGGAGUGUCUGUUUCUGGCUCCCCGGUCUCUGAAUGGGAGGUUUCGAGCAAGAUCGCUGGCCGGUCACCGACGAAACUUGAGAAUGCUAUACUGGGAUGUGUGGGGUCACGCCCGCGCAAAUGGGACCUUGCCUUUUUGCUAGAUAUGAUAUCUUCCUAUACGGAUAUCAAGCAGACACCAUGCGUGAAAUGCAACCGCCUGACUGAUAACGGCGCCCAACUGCCAACUCUCCGGCGCCCUCAAGCCAAUCAACCGUCUAUUGAUGGGCCAGCACGUAUAUACGUCUUUGACGCAUUACAUUAUGGAUGCCUCUGA